AUGUCACACUACGGUGGCGGAGGCUACCCUGGCCAGGGUCACUACGGCGGGCAGCAACACCACGGCGGAGGCAGCUAUGGAGGGUAUGGACAUCACCCACCACCACCGCCACCUCCCGGCCCUCCUCAGGGCUACGGCGGCGGCGGCUAUGACCAGCCUCCCAGUCACUACAGCGGCCAGCAAGGCGGCUACAACCGUCCUCCCCCCCCUCCUCCCCCUGGUGGCUACGAUGGCGGUGCCGGCUACGGCCAAGGUCAUGGCGGCUACUCGGGCUCCUCCCGCCCAUCCAAACCACCUCCUCCCCAGCAUCCUCCGCCCCCAGGCCGUGAUGUGUACGGCUAUCCUCUCCAUUCGGCUCCAUAUCCCGCUCGCCACGCUAGGUCGGGCCCGCCGCCGCCCUCCGCCCCUCAGCAGUUCGGUCACGGUGCCCCUGAGGGCUACACGUUCCAGUACUCCAACUGCACUGGCAAGCGCAAGGCGCUCCUCAUCGGCAUCAACUACUUUGGCCAGGAUGGCGAGCUCAGAGGCUGCAUCAACGACGUCCACAACCUGUCCACCUUCCUCAUGGAGCGGUACAACUACAGGCGCGAGGACAUGGUCAUGCUGACGGACGAUCAGAAGAACCCCGUCAUGCACCCGACCAAGGAGAACAUUAUUCGCGCCAUGCAGUGGCUCGUGAAGGAUGCCCAGCCCAACGACUCCCUGUUCCUCCAUUACUCUGGUCACGGUGGGCAGACGGAGGACCUGGAUGGCGACGAGGACGAUGGCUUCGACGAGGUCAUCUACCCUGUCGAUCACCAGCAGAACGGCCACAUUGUCGAUGACGAGAUCCACUGGCGCGUCGUCAAGCCUUUGCAGCCGGGUGUGCGUCUCACUGCCAUCUUCGAUUCAUGUCACUCGGCCUCGUGCAUGGAUCUGCCGUACAUCUACUCGACAAAGGGUGUUCUCAAGGAGCCCAACCUGGCCAAGGAGGCGGGCGAGGGUCUCCUCGACGCGGUCAAAGCGUAUGCAUCGGGUAACAUUAUGGGCGUCGGUAGUGCCGUCCUUGGCUUUGCGAAAACUGCGUAUAUGGGUGACGACGCGUACAAGAAGACCAUUGAGACCAAGACGAGUCCAGCCGACGUCAUCAUGUGGUCCGGCAGCAAGGACGACCAGACAUCGGCGGACGCUACCAUCAACGCCAAGGCCACGGGUGCCAUGUCUUAUGCCUUCAUCUCGGCACUCAAAGCGAAUGGAGACCAGACCUACGUCGAGCUGCUCAAUAGCAUCCGCGACAUUCUGGAAGAUGACUACUCGCAGAAGCCGCAGCUGUCGUGCAGCCAUCCACUAGCCAAGCAAGCGUGGCCCAAUAAUGACAUAGCGACAACGAGCACGACGGCGAGCGACAUUGAUCGCGACAUGAAACUCCCAACUUGGACUACGCGUCUCGGCUCGCUCCGCUGGCUUCGCUGGACAAUCGUGCCUUUACUCCUAUGGCUAUCGAUUGGGAUCUUCUAUAUUGGCUCCGAGAGGGAAUGGCUUGGGCCAGCGCCCUUGGAGGGCAUCAUCCGCGAUGGCAGUGACAGGAUGAACAUGACCAUUCUCAAGCCCCUGGCGAAGAGGCUGCCAUGUAUCGGACCGCGAGGGAACUUGAAGGAUGACCACAAUGACGGUGCGCUACGCUUUUCGGAUCUUGACACCGAGUACCCGACACCUUUCAUCGGAUCACAACGCGAGCUGGGGUUGAAGAGAAUGUGGAUGACAGCUUCCGAUCGAUAUGGGCCGUACGGCUUCACGACAACCAACGAUGCGCGAUCCCAACCAGACUGGGACAAGGUCUCGUGGGCAAACCUGCAGGACGACUGCGCUGCUGCCAAUGCGCGGCGGUUCCCGAAACCCCCGACGACAAUUUACGAACCUCGCUUCACGCUCCUGGCAAACUCGACGAUCGACGCCACGCCACACUGGAAAACGACUUUGAACCCCUCCCGCCGUACAGCUAUCGUCGUGCGCUCCUGGGAAGGCGUCGGAUACAAAUCGGAGAACAUAUACAUGCUCCGCUCGCUCAUCACCGAGGCAAGCCUCGACACAGGCGCCGAGUACACCGUCUUUCUACUCAUCAACAUCAAAGACCGCAAGCGCGAUAUCCACACCUCCACAGAAGCCUACCGCAAGGCUCUCGAGUCCCUGAAGCUCCCGCCCGAGCUCGCGUCCAUCGCCGUCCUGUGGGACGAGAACCUGCUGGCGUCGUGGUACCCCCAGGUCAAGGAACACGGCUCCAUGUUCCAGAUCAACCAGCCGCUACAGCUCUUCGCGCUGCACUACCCCGAGUUCGACCACUACUGGCAGAUUGAGCUGGACCAGCGCUUCAUGGGCCAUGCGGGGGAGAUGCUGGACGUCAUGGCGGACUUUGCGCGGAUGGAGCCGCGCAAGCAAGCACUAGAGAGAUCGACGUUUCCCUACAGCGAGGAGCUGUACGAGGACUAUGAGGAGUUGAUGGUGAGGGUUGACGAGGCGAACAAGGGCAAGUCACGCGCUUGGCCGGCCUUGCGCAUCUCGGAUGUCAAGCCUAUCGGUCCGGUUCCUCAAGACAAGUCCCAAGAUGACGCCUUCUCGUGGGGCGUAGGGGAGGAGGCAGCGUUUAUUGCGACGGGCUUCUGCGCUGAUGUGAGGACCUCCACGUGGGUCUUUGGUGGCUGGCUCGAGGGACAUCUGAAUAAGGGCCAUGACACGCCACGCUGGUUCCGUCCACCUGCGAUCUUUAGAGUGUCGAGGACGGUCUUGCUGGAGGCGCAUCGGGCGCAGUUUGAGACGGGACUCAGUCUGCCCUCAGAGAGUACCAUGCCCACGUGGGCUCUUUGGCUCGGUCUCAAGGUUUCCUAUCCGCCGCUGCCGGUGUACAUGCACCCCUAUUCGGCCGAACGAUCCAAAAAGCGUCCCGGCAACGAGAAUGACGAGACAUCACGUUUAGAAGACGAGUGGAGGCAUCGCGACAAGAGACCAUUCUUCGGUCAUCUGCCGGAAAGGAGCGAGAAAGGCCUGUCCAUGGCGAAUCCGCAAAGCUUUGCCGACAGGGGCUUGUCGUACUGGUGGGUGAGCAACUGGCCGAGGAGAAUCAUGGAUGUGUGGAUGCGCAAUCAAGUCGACGCGGAGGAUCUCCCCGGAUUCAUGCGCGUUCACGAGGGCCAGAUCUACGCCCCCAACUUUAUGAUGCAUCCUGUGAAGACGUAA